GACACAUUUCAGCCUCUGCUCUGAGAAUUUAUCCUGAGCAGCCCCUAACAGGCUAUUCCUCCUCUACAACUGAGAUAUGAUCAUCUUAAUUUACUUAUUUGUUUUGCUAUGGGAAGAGGCUCACGGAUGGGGAUUCAAGAACGGAAUUUUUCAUAACUCCAUAUGGCUUGAACAAGCAGCAGGCGUGUACCACAGAGAAGCGCGCUCCGGCAAGUACAAGCUCACCUACGCAGAAGCCAAGGCGGUGUGUGAAUACGAAGGUGGCCAUCUCGCCACCUACAAGCAGUUAGAAGCAGCCAGAAAAAUUGGAUUUCAUGUCUGUGCUGCUGGGUGGAUGGCCAAGGGCAGAGUGGGAUACCCCAUUGUGAAGCCAGGGCCCAACUGUGGAUUUGGAAAAACUGGUAUUAUUGAUUACGGAGUCCGUCUCAACAGAAGCGAAAGAUGGGAUGCCUAUUGCUACAACCCACAUGCAAAAGAGUGUGGUGGUGUCUUCACAGAUCCAAAGCAAAUUUUUAAAUCUCCAGGCUUCCCAAAUGAGUAUGGUGAUAACCAGAUCUGCUACUGGCACAUUAGACUCAAGUAUGGUCAGCGUAUUCACUUGAGUUUUCUGGACUUUGACCUUGAAGAUGACCCAGCUUGCUUCGCUGACUAUGUUGAAAUAUAUGACAGUUACGAUGACGUUCAUGGCUUUGUGGGAAGAUACUGUGGAGAUGAGCUUCCAGAAGACAUCAUUAGUACAGGGAAUGUCAUGACCUUGAAGUUUCUAAGUGAUGCUUCAGUGACAGCAGGAGGGUUCCAGAUCAAAUAUGUUGCAGUGGAUCCUCUACCCAAAUCCAGUCAAGGAAAGAAUACAAGUACUACUUCUACCGGAAAUAAAAACUUUUUAGCUGGAAGAUUUAGCCAUUUAUAAAACAAACAAAAAAAUAUGUAUUUAUGUUUGUAUCUUUUGGAACCCCUUUGAUCUCACUUUUAUGUUAUUAUUAUUAUUAAAAUUUAUUUAUUAUUUUUCUAAAUGUGAAAGCUACACCUGAUAAUUUGGGGAAAAUUGGAAAAUACGGAAAACUCUAAACGAGAAAAUAAAAUCUCUUAUUAUCUCACCGCAUAAAAAUAACAUGCAUCAACAUUUAUAGAUUUUUCUCUUAGUCAUUUUUCAAUUUUGUAAUAUAUGUAUAUAUGUAUCUAUAUCAUUUUGUAUUUCAGAUUUUGAAAUCUUGCUCUACGUACAGUUUUACAACUUUUUUUUUUCAGUCUUGAACUUUAUGAUGUAAUAAGCACUUCCCCCUAUCAUUGAGUAUUCUGCAAAAACAUGAUUUUGAACAGCUGUAAAAUAUUCCAUAGUACAAUUGUUUUUCAUACUCUAUUUAAUUCUGUCUCUUUGUGGGAAUUACAGGUUGUUUUCAAAAAUAUUGUUUCAAUAAACAUCCUUGAACAU